AUGGCCGAAUACCGUCGUCUCGCAGACCCUCAUCCGCAGUGGGAAAACUUUCCCCACAAUCUACCACCGAACGCCCGCAUCCUGAGAAUGAACCGAGACCGGCUCCCCAUCAAUCCACGAUCCGGUCUUGAAAUCGAGGAGUUCGACGUCCCAGCCCGUGACGGGUACGCUAUUCGGGUGCGAUCGUACAGACAAUCAGCCACCACGAGCCAGGCUGCUCUGCCACUCCUCAUCUAUUUCCACGGCGGCGGGUUCGUCACCGGCGGCUUGGAGACCGAUGACGAGCCUUGUCGGGCCAUGGCCUCUGAGAUUCCUAUUCUCGUCCUGAAUGUCGAGUAUAGACUUGCACCUGAGCAUCCAUUCCCUGUUGGGUUCACGGAUUGCCUCGAUGUUGUUCUCUGGGCCUCCUCCCCUAGAUCCCAAUCCACCCUCCCCAAAAACCUCUCCCUACAAUCCGGCUUCCUAAUCGGCGGCACAUCCGCCGGCGCAAACUUCACCUUUGGCAUCGCGCACCUCGUCGCGCAAAUCCACAAGCCUGAGCUCCUUCACCCAGUGACAGGGAUCCUCUUCCUCGCAGGAACAAUUUGCCAUGAAGAUGCGCGGCCGGAAAAGUACGCAGAUAGGAUUCUGAGCAUCGAUGAGAUUACCUCGGGGCCCGGGUUGAGUAAAAAGAGUAUUCAGUAUUUCGCUGAGAAAUAUGGCGCUCCGCCCACGGAUGUCCGCCGCUCGCCUCUCCUCUUCGGGUCCCAUGCUGGUCUGGCGCAGCGGGCGGUGGUUUAUGCCUGUGGGUGGGAUCCGCGGCGGGACGAGACAUUGCUGGUUGAGGAGAUCCUACGCGCCGAGGGCGUGGCGACGAACAAGUAUAUUUAUCCUGGGCUGCCGCAUGGGUUCUGGAGCACGUGUCCGGAUUUGGAGGAGAGUAAGGCAUGGAAAAGAGAUUUGCUCAAGGGGGUGAGAUUUUUGUUGGAGGGGGGAGUGGCGUAG